GCGGCAGUGCGGUGCGCUGAGCUGGGCGCUCUUUCUUCGCAGCCACCUGUCCCCCCGUACCCCGCGCAGCCAUGGCCAGCGGGGGACUGCAGCUCCUGGGCUUCGUACUGGCCUUCCUGGGCUGGAUCGGCAUCAUCAUCAGCACCGCUAUGCCCCAGUGGAAGAUGGCAUCCUACGCGGGGGACAACAUUGUCACGGCCCAGGCGCUCUACGAGGGGCUGUGGAUGUCCUGCGCCAUGCAGAGCACCGGGCAGAUCCAGUGCAAGGUCUACGACUCGCUGCUCAAACUGGAAAGUAGUCUGCAAGCCACUCGGGCUUUGAUGGUGGCUGCAAUUCUCCUGGGCCUUGUUGCUAUAUUUGUUUCUGUGAUUGGCAUGAAAUGCAUGAAGUGCAUGGAAGAUGAUCAGGUGAAGAAGAUGCGAAUGGCUGUCUUUGGUGGGGUGAUCUUCAUCGUUGCAGGUUUGGCAGCACUGGUGGCCACAUCAUGGUAUGGCAACAGAGUGGCUCAAGCUUUUUAUGACCCUUACACCCCUGUCAACACCAGAUUUGAGUUUGGAUCAGCUCUCUUCAUUGGCUGGGCAGCUGCUUCUCUGGCCAUUCUUGGGGGGUCCUUCCUCUGCUGCUCCUGUCCCCGGAGAGAAACUUCAUAUCCACCCUCCAGAGGCUACCCAAAAAAUGCCCCCUCCACAGGGAAGGAUUAUGUAUAAUGGAAGCAAAGGCGUCGCCAGCACUGCUAGUGAAAGCGUUUUGGAGAGGACACUUACAAUGCCACUGUCCUGAGCAGAGUUCAGACUCUAGGUUCUGCCUUCCUCUUCUCCCAAAAAUGUGUACAUUUUUAUAAUCCUCUUUGCUACUGGACAUAACUUCUCCUUUCUCUCCCAGCCCAUGGAGGAAGGCUAGCCUAGGUUCAUAGGUAUUGCCACUGGAAAGACGAAACCUCCAAGCUUGGGUUUAGUAUUUGGGAGCAAAAGGGAAAAUGAUGUUUUUUAGAUGGAUGUUGGUGCUUUUUUUAGCUGUGUUUUUUAAUUAGAUGGUAACAAUUCAGUCCCAUAUCCCAUUAAGUUAGAGCCCAGUGUGGUGUGUAGAAAUUAAAGGAACAUAUAUAAUAUACAAAGUGAUGAAAGCAAUAGCUUAAGGGAAAACAUAAUUUUGGGGAAAAGAUUUUACAUGUAGGAAUGUUUGAAGAGAUCAAAAAUGCUCUUGUACUCUUAUUAGUAUCAUCUUCACCACCCUACUCUCUGUGCAGAUUGGCAUGACAUAGGGUCAGACAAUUAAAUUGCUGUGACUUACAUUGGAAUCUGUAACUGUUCAUGCACACGCUGUUGGCCUGCAGAAGAUGCAGUAUAAGGUGGCAACUGCAGGUGUUAGCAGAGUCCCAGGGUGGAUGCAGGUUUCCCUGGUGCUGGGGAACAGCAUGAGAAAAAUGAUUGCCUUCUGUUUUCACUGGGUGUCUGGUGGGGCUGUUGCUGCUCGUCCUUAGACACUGGGUGUUGCAGGUGAUUGGUUUUCCAUGUUAACAUCUCAGUACCUGAGUUUGAAGCUUUAUCCCCUUUGUGUUACAGGCCACCCUUUUAACAGACACUCUCCUCUUUCCUUGAGUCUUUGUCAUUUGGGCUUAGUUUACUGAUCUUGUUUGCCUUAUGCAGCUAAAUGUGUUAAACCAAACAAUGCACUGCUGCUCCCUGAUGUUUCCCCAAGGAUACCUCACAUGCUGCCAUUUGAUCCUGUCUUUUUUUUCUUGUAAACAUGUUCAGUGAUUAUAUGAAGGCAAACUCCAAGGAAACUGACCCAGAGAUUAUGGCAUUUUAUAGUGAUUGAAGCUCACCAAAGAGGAAGAAACUGGCAUUUUCAAGAUAAAGCCAUCCUUGCAUAUUAAGUUGUAUAUUAAAAAAAAAAAAAAGAAAAUUAAAAAAAGAAGCAGCUCAUCAGAAGUUCCCACCCCUUCCCCAGUUAGUCACUUAGUGUUUGACUAACACUGGCUAAGGCUGUCUGGAGUUAAGUCUCAAAUGCCUGGAAGGAUGGUACUAGUUUUCCAAAGCUCUGCCUUGCUUUUCCUACAGAAGGAAACUGGUGGUUUCUGACCAGGCUUUAUAAUUGUGCAUGUGCUCAGAGACAUCAGAUCUCUGUUUCUUUCUGUAGAUGGGGAGAGCCUCUGGGGCUGAGCUAUGUACAACCAUGGUGUUGGUGGUUUGUAUAAGCCUUGUACCUCUGUUUGACCUGACUCUCUGCAACAUAAAGUUACUAAAAGAAAUCAACCAGAGCAUUUGCUUCAGGCUCUAGUUGAUGUUGGCCUGUACUUGAAGCUGGGUCAUGUGGCUUCCACUUCUUCAUGGGGAAUUGCCUGUGCACAGCAGCUGCCUCACAAGACCUCAUCUUAGGAGGUGGCAGUUCAGGUCACAUUAAAGAGCUGCUGAAGUUUGUGCUUUUCUGUAUGCAUUAACCCUGAGCCAGGGAGCAGAUGCUUGUAUUGGGAACUUGUAUGAAUUGUUUAAACAAUUUCAAUAAAUCAACUUUUUUUUAAGGAAAA